CAGUUUGAAUUUUCUAUCCGAAGAGUGCGCUUAGUGCCGCUGCUGCGACGGCGUUUAAACUUCCACCUGGGUAACCGUCGCCCCCGCCGCCCCCAAAAUUUUUGUGGUUUUGUUUUUGUUGUCGCGUUGAGAGCGCGAAACGAACUCGAACUCGAGCCGGAGCCGAACAGAACCGAAGCUCUCUGGGGGAUCCAAACCCAACCGAAGAUCCAGUGCCAGUGCCAAAUCCCACGUAACGCUGCUCUCCCCGAUAGUUACUACUAUCUUUUUUUUCGUGUGCAUUCUUGAAACAGAAACUGAAGAGUAAUGGUGGCCGACACGUUGUGAGGAACCCGAAUCCGAGUCCACAAGCAUAAGUCAGACCAGACAAACAGCGAGCAUCGUCUCCCAGGAUCAGUAGUAUCCUUACCAUCCGAAAUAAGUUACCAAUAAAGUACAAGAAGUACAUAGAAGACAGCCAAGAUGUUUGAUGUCUUUGGGUCCGUCAAGGGCCUGCUGAAGAUCGACCAGGUGUGCAUAGACAACAAUGUGUUUCGCAUGCACUAUAAGGCAACGGUGAUCAUUCUGAUCGCCUUCUCGCUGCUGGUGACCUCGCGCCAAUACAUCGGUGACCCCAUCGAUUGUAUCGUGGACGAGAUCCCGCUGGGCGUGAUGGACACCUACUGCUGGAUCUACUCGACGUUCACCGUUCCGGAGAGGCUCACUGGCAUCACCGGUCGCGAUGUGGUGCAGCCCGGCGUGGGCUCCCAUGUGGAGGGCGAGGACGAGGUCAAGUACCACAAGUACUACCAGUGGGUCUGCUUCGUCCUCUUCUUCCAGGCCAUACUGUUCUACGUGCCGCGCUAUCUGUGGAAGUCCUGGGAGGGUGGACGCCUCAAGAUGCUGGUGAUGGACCUGAACAGCCCCAUUGUGAACGACGAGUGCAAGAACGAUCGCAAGAAGAUCCUCGUGGACUACUUCAUUGGCAACCUGAACCGCCACAAUUUCUACGCCUUCCGAUUCUUUGUGUGCGAGGCCCUGAACUUUGUGAACGUGAUCGGGCAGAUUUACUUUGUGGACUUCUUCCUGGACGGCGAAUUCAGCACCUACGGCAGCGACGUCCUCAAGUUUACCGAACUGGAGCCCGAUGAGCGCAUUGAUCCCAUGGCCCGGGUCUUUCCGAAGGUCACCAAGUGUACGUUCCACAAAUACGGUCCCUCCGGCAGUGUGCAGAAGUUCGACGGUCUGUGCGUGCUGCCCCUGAACAUUGUCAACGAGAAGAUCUACGUGUUCCUGUGGUUCUGGUUCAUCAUCCUGAGCAUUCUGUCCGGAAUCUCGCUAAUCUACAGGAUCUCCGUCGUGGCGGGACCCAAGCUCCGUCACCUUCUGCUCCGAGCCCGUUCCCGUCUGGCCGAAAGCGAGGAGGUCGAGUUGGUGGCCAACAAGUGCAACAUCGGCGACUGGUUCCUGCUCUAUCAGCUAGGCAAGAACAUCGAUCCACUCAUCUACAAGGAGGUGAUAUCGGACCUUUCCCGCGAAAUGGGCGGCGAUGAGCACAGCGCCCACAAGCGGCCCUUCGACGCCUAAUCAGUGGGCGUGGCCGUGUGCCAGAGUGCCAUUUCACGCAGCCGAAAUUGGGUUAAGACGAUGAUAAGACGAUGUCGGAAAAUGGGGAAAUCGGCUAUCGGAAAGCGGAGGGAGGAUUUAGGAAGCCGACUAUGUAGAUGAGGCCUUUCGAGCUAAUGACGAGCUAAUGAACACAUAUCAACGAAUUCCAUGGUAAAAGACAAGAUCGCAAGCAAUAACCGAUUUGUGUUUACUGUUUUGCAUCAACAACAAGACACGUACAAUUACAAUAAAGUAACAGUAACAAUACAAGUAACAAAUACUAGCCGCAUCCAGAGAUGUAAGCUACAGAUGGAUUGGUUCCGGAUUUUAGUGGGUUCAACGAUCAUGAGACAAUCAAAUUUUCCAUUUGCCAAGACCAAGCAUUUCCCGACAUGACCUAUGCAAAUCCCACGGCCAAUCCAUCGAGAAGCAUUCUGGAGACCUUUGAAAGACAGGAGAAAAGACAUUUUCAAACUAUAUAUUUUUUGUGCAGCAGCAAACGAAUUGAGAUAUGAUAGAUCUAUAUACAUCCAUAUAUAUUUUUAAUAAGCAAUUACAUAUAUAUUUAUACAUAAAUAUACAGACGGACCGAAAAAAAUAUAUAUUUAUGAAUGCCACAUGCGAGUAAUAUUUAUGCUAAGAGUUGUGAUCAUUGAUUAAGACAUCUAAAAAAUGCGAAAAAUACAAAAAAAGAAGACAAAAUAAAUAAAACAAUAAUUUACACUUAGUAAAGAAAAAACGCCAGCAUAAUAAUACAUAUUUUAUUUCAAUUUUUACACUUUUAAUUUAGCAAUUUUCGCCAGCAAAUAAUAAUUAUAAUUCCUUUUUUUUUGCAUAUCUUUGGUAGCAUUUAUUUAGUUUAGCGCAAUUUUUUUUACACACACCCGAACUCAUCAAUAAAGAAGAGCAAAUAAAUUUAUGCAUAUAUAUUUAUAGACGUAUAUAUUUUUGUAAAUGAAACGCAAGAAAUAUACAUUUAGCGUUAAGCGUAAAAAUGGAAAAGACAAACAAAAAAUGAAAGACUCAAAAGCAAUAUUUAAAAAAAGCAAUCGAAAAUCAAAUAAAAGUGUUUGUAACUGUGUGUUUAUCCUCGAAGCGAUAAACGAGCCAAGCCCUAAGCUAAGUUUCAAUUUCAAUUCCAUAUACUUAUAAAUACUUACAUUAAAUGAGAAUAAAAACACCCAAAACAUGAU